ACAUCAGUUUCAGGGACCCGGCGACCAAGUCCAGACGACAUCUGUGCCUCCUUUUUUCGCAACACCUCCUGCCUGUGGACAUAGUGUGUGCAAACAAUCUUUUGGAUUACAUCGCUCACAUUGGGAUACCCCAGCUCUGAGGAUGGUGUCGGCGUGUUCAGCAGCACGCUGAGGAUUGGUGUUCUUUUUUAACGUUUAGACUUCUUUUUUAACUUAUUUGUCUUGUGCUUUUUUUGUGUGGAAAGAUGGAGCUUAGGAGCUUUUUGGGCUCCCUGCGUCUGCUACUCGUCUGGAUUGUUGUUUGUGUUGGAUUUCAUUCGACGUUUGUUGAGGGAAAUUCAUUGUUACUGUGUCCGGAUGGCUGGUCCCAGAACAACGAUCAAUGUUAUAGGUUUUUCAAUAUCAGGAGGUCUUGGAAAAGGGCUGCCGAAAUAUGCAGGAGGUAUGGCAGUGAGCUAGCACUGGUCGAAAAUUUCUGGCAGAACAAUUACACGCAAACUCUUGCUACCUCUAAUCUGAAAGAUGUACUGCCGAAAACCUACUGGCUGGGUCUUCGGACGGUGGAUGAUUUGUCCACCAACACCCUUGAGUCCGCGGGCGGCUCUUUCAUCUCUCUGUACAUGGGUAUGUGGGCAACGGAUCAGCCCCGGCCCCAGGACGGGAGCUGCGUGCAAGCCGCCCUUGACUCGGGGAGACAGAUGUGGAAGCUGACCACCUGCGAAACACUUUUGCCAUUUAUGUGCCAAACCGAAGCCUGUCCUACAGGUUCCUUCUUCUGUAGCAACGGCAAGUGUGUGAACAGCAAGUGGCGCUGCGAUGGUCAAGAUGACUGUGGAGACAUGUCAGACGAAAUGGACUGUCCUAAUCUCUGCCGAUAUCACUUCAAGAGUUCCGGUGAUUCCAUCCAGUCCCCCAACUAUCCGAACAAAUAUGAACCUAAUUCAGAUUGCAAGUGGACGCUGGAAGGAGCAGUUGGUACAGGAAUAGUUUUACAGUUUUCAGAUUUUGAAACUGAAGCCAAUUUCGAUACAGUUCAGAUUCUCGCCGGAGGCCGGACAGAAGAAUCCGGUGUGAGUCUUGUGACACUAUCCGGCACACAAGACUUGGGAGUGAAAACUUUUACCACAGCAUCCAAUCUCAUGAUUGUCAAAUUCCGAUCCGAUGCAUCAGUGGAAAAAAAAGGAUUCAGAGCUAGUUGGAAAACAGAGCCCAUAAAAUGCGGUGGUGAGUUGCUCGCUCUGCCAAAUGCUCAAUUGUUCAAUUCUCCACUCUAUCCUCAACCAUAUCCUGGUGGUCUAGAAUGUUUGUAUAUCGUAUCAGCGCCAUCUAGCAAAAUAAUUACUCUAGAGGUGGUAGAUUUAGAUCUGGAACCUGAUAAGGAUUUCCUCUUUAUCCGCGACGGCACAUCACCAUCUGAUCCUUUGCUGGCUAAACUGACUGGUACAGCUAAGAAUAAUCCCAAAUUCAUUCUAAGCACUCGGAACAAACUCUACAUCUACGUGCAAACAAGCUACGGUGACAGCAGAAAAGGAUUUUCCAUCCGAUUCAGAUCCGGGUGCCAUGUGGAACUCAAUUCUAACUCCGGGAACAUCUCCUCUCCAGCUUUUGGAGUGGUUAAUUACCCAUCCAAUCAGGAAUGCACUUACAGGAUUUCGAGACCAGGAGGUGGACCACUGUCUCUCAGAUUCAACAGGUUUGAAGUAGCCCCUGAUGAUUUCAUACAGGUGUAUGAUGGCGAAAGUGCAACCGGGGUUCGGUUGCAUCCUGGUGAAGGUUUCAGUGGAAACAGUAGGCCUUCCAUUACUUUAACAGCCAGCAGUGGAAACAUUUUUCUUAAUUUCCUCACUAAUCCCAUGCACACAGCUGCUGGAUGGAUUGCCAGUUUCAGUGCAGAUUGUCCUCAACUGUCUGUGGGAGAAAGAGCUAUCGCAUCAAGUAGAGAGACAACAUUCGGGGCUCGGGUGAUGUACGUGUGCCCCAUUGGACAGGAAUUCAGUUCUGGAGGAGACAAGAUUUUAGCAGAAUGCAUGCAGGGAGGAAACUGGAAUGUAUCGCACAUCCCAGCUUGCCAAGAGAAGUACUGUGGUCCUGUGCCCCAAAUCGACAAUGGCUUUGCAGUGGCUGCUACCAAUGUCACAUACCGUGGGCAGGCAACUUACCAAUGCUACGCAGGCUUUGGAUUCCCUGGAGGCCGCCCCACAGAAACCGUACGGUGUUUAGAGACGGGACGUUGGGAAAGAUUGCCCACCUGCUUAGCUUCUUCAUGCCCGCCCUUGCCGGACACGCCCCAUGCUGUCCGGACUUUGCUCAACGGAGAAGGCAGUCGUUAUGGCACAGUUAUCCGAUUCGAGUGUGAGCCCGGAUACAGGAGGACUGGAGUUCCUGUCAUUGUCUGCACCACAGUUGGACAGUGGUCAUAUGAGCCUCCAGUGUGUGAACGGGUUAAGUGUCCAGUAUUGCCAGAAAUAGAAAAUGGAUUCAUUAUUGAUAAGGACAAGGAUUACUUCUUUGGCGACGAAGGACGAAUUCAAUGUUUCAAAGGAUACAAACUGGAAGGAAGUCCCACCAUCAAAUGUCUCGAAGACCAAACAUUCAGCAAUAGUUCUAUGUGCAAAGAUAUAGAUGAAUGUGUCUCAUCUUCCUGUGAUGCUGCUUCAACGAAAUGUAAUAAUACUGAUGGAGGCUUUUAUUGCAAAUGUCGAAAAGGAUUUGAACCUAAUAUGGAAUGUCGUCCAGUUGGGGAUUUAGGAGUCGGAAAUGGCAACAUCCCAGACAGUCGAAUCAAAGCUUCAGGAACUGAAAUCGGCUACAGUAAAAAUGGUGUCCGUCUUGAUAAUGCAGUGGGCUGGUGUGGUAACAUCCAGCGUCCUGGUGAGAACUGGAUCCAGUUCGAUCUUCGUGCUCCAGUUGUCAUUCGAGGUUUCAGGACUCAGUCCGUAUCAAGACCAGAUGGAUCUCAGGCUAUUCCUCUGGCAGUGCGAUUACAAUACAGUGAUGAUCUUACAGACCUCUUCCGUACUUACGGAGACCCAUUUGGACAACCCAUCGACUUCCGCCUCACUCACAAUGGUGGAUCUGGUCUCUCGAUUGUGAGUCUACCAGUUCCUGUGGAAGCCAGAUAUGUGAGAAUCCUAGUCAUGGACUAUGUUGGAGCACCAUGCGUAAGGGUGGAGCUCAUGGGGUGCACAAGACAAGACUGUCUCGAUGUUAAUGAGUGUCUGGACAACAAUGGUAGUUGUGAUCAAAGGUGUAUUAACAGCCCUGGCAACUACAAUUGUCUAUGCAACGUCGGAUACGAACUUUAUACUAAGAACGGCACUAGUGGAUAUUACAUACCCGGAAGUGAAACUGGUACCAAAAUUGGAGACAAAUAUGUCCUCAACAAGACAUGCGUCCCUAAGAGUUGUCCAGGGUUUGGUCCAAUCGAGAAUGGUCGAAUCUUGUCCACCAAAUCCGAGUUCCAUUUCGGAGAUCUGGUGAGCUUCCAAUGCGAUUUCGGUUUCGUCAUGUCUGGUAGUUCAGUGCUGCUCUGUAAUAGUAACGGAGAGUGGAACGGAACUGUACCAUCUUGCAAAUUUGCCCACUGUCCAUCCAUCACCUCAGAUCCCAAACAAGGACUCGAAAUCCACAUGGAUGAAGAGAUGGAAACCAUUCCAUACUUGGAAAAUGUGACCAUCAGCUGCGAAGAGACGGGAAGACCUCUCAGGCCGACUGCAUCUGCCAAUUUCAGACAGUGCGUCUAUAACCCUCAAACAGGGAAGCCCAAUUAUUGGUUGUCAGGAGAGUCUCCAAUGUGCCCAAGGAUUGAUUGCGGCACCCCACCUGAAACAACUGGAUCUGUGUACGGACAGUAUGUGGACACUCGUUACCAAUCUAGUUUCUUCUUCGGCUGUGAGGAAACUUUUGGCGUGGCUGGCAAGUCUAGUUUCGGAGACAACAUUGUCAGAUGCAUGGAAGAUGGCACAUGGGAUUUCGGAGAUCUAAGAUGUGAAGGUCCUGUUUGCGAAGAUCCUGGUCGACCUCCAGACGGAGUGCAAAUGGCAUCCAGCUAUGAGCAUGGCUCUGAAGUGAUGUUCAGUUGCGAGAGACCUGGAUUCAUUCCUUACACUACUGAUCCCAUUACAUGCUCUAAAAAUGCCGAAUGUAAAGUCAUUCGACCUCUAGGCAUUACGUCUGGGGUUAUACCGGAUAGUGCUAUCAAUGCAACUUCGCAGAGAGUUAAUUAUGAAGCUAAGAAUAUUCGACUUAAUAGCGCAACAGGCUGGUGUGCCAAAGAAGAAACCUUCACCUACGUCACCGUUGAUUUGGGCAAGAUAUACCGUAUUACUUCCCUUUACGUCAAAGGGGUGGUCACCAACGAUGUCAGCGGACGACCAACUGAACUUAGAUUCUUCUACAGAGUCGGCACUACGGAAAAUUUUGUCGUCUAUUUCCCCAAUUUUAAUCUGACCGCUCGAGAGCCCGGAAAUUAUGGUGAGGUGACACGCAUCGAUCUACCAUUGAGUGUUCGAGUUCGACAGAUCAUCCUGGCCAUCGUUUCUUACAACAGAAAUCCUUGCCUUAAAUUUGAACUCCUUGGAUGCGAAGACAAUGAAGACGAAGUCGUACUAGGAUAUAAUGGCGGAUAUCCUGUAUGCGUCGAUCAAGAGCCUCCGCAUUUUGUUAACUGCCCGGACAAACCUAUUCUUGUUGGCAAAUCAGCCAACGGAUUGCAACUGGUGAACUUCACUGAACCCACAGCAAUAGAUAAUUCCGGAAGACUGGCUCGAUUCGAAGUUAAGCCUGCUGGUUUCAAACCUCCUGCAAUGCUUUUUGAGGACAUGAUUGUGCAAUAUUUUGCUUAUGAUUUUGAUGGAAAUGUCGCUGUUUGUUCUGUAAAUAUUACAGUGCCUGAUGACACCCCGCCUUCUUUGUCAUGCCCGCAAUCAUAUGUAAUAGAACUGGUAGAAAAACAAGAUAGCUACAGAGUGAAUUUCGAAGAAGUCCGACGCAUGGUGAACGUUUCCGAUAAAUCAGGUGAAGUGAACGUUCAGAUCGCACCACAGAGUGCCUUUAUCGAACUGGGUGGUUAUCGUAACGUUACUGUGAUGGCCACUGAUAAAUUCGGCAACCAAGCCACUUGUCACUUCCAAGUGUCCGUACAAGCAGCUCCAUGCGUUGAUUGGUCCUUGGAACCACCUGCAAACGGUGCCGUUAAUUGUGUGCCAGACGAUUCCACAUCAGGAUACAAGUGUGUCGCUACUUGCAAAGAAGGAUUCAAAUUUACGGAUGGGGCACCUCUCAAGGAAUAUGCGUGCUCAGCUGGCCAACAAUGGGUCCCUGGUAAAAUCAUCCCAGAUUGUGUAUCAGAAGACACCGAUGCAGCGUCAUAUGAUGUCGUUGCACAGAUCGAAUAUCGUGCUGGUGGUGCCGUGUCCGUACCAUGUCUAGAACAAUACGUCAAUUACGUGCGAACUUUCUAUGGUUCUCUUAAUGAUGUUUUGUCUGGGCGAUGUUCUGCGAUUAAUGUCAAGAUGGAUAUUGCUUUCCAUAAUACAACCAUAAAAACUAUAGCAGAAAACACGAUUAUCAUGACUUACACUUUGAGAAUCCAACCAGCUGUAUCCCAAGCUCUCCUAUAUGAUUUGUGUGGCUCUACGCUGGCUCUGAUCUUUGAUUUGAGUGUUCCUAGUACAUCUGUUGUCAUUGAACCUAUUCUUAACAUCACCUCGCAAGCAGUUGGGGGUCAAUGUCCUGGUGUAUUAGCCAUCAGGUCAUCAGUGGACAGAGGAUUCACUUGCGGUGUUGGAGAAGUACUGAAUGCAGAUAAAGAAGGGCCCAUACCAAACUGCCUUCACUGUCCGGCUGGAACAUACGCAUCAAUGGAGGGAGGAUGUAUCUUCUGCCCACGAGGAACUUUCCAAGACCUCAGCCACCAAUCAGAAUGUAAACAGUGUCCAUUAGGUACCUUCACUAGACAGGAGGGAAGCAAGGCUGUCACGGAUUGCGUCUCCGUAUGUGGCUAUGGAACAUACUCGCCGACUGGAUUAGUACCUUGUCUCCAAUGUCCCAGCAAUACGUAUACUGGUGAACCACCUGUAGAUGGUUUUAAAGAAUGUUUCAAGUGCCCUGCCAACACGUACACUUACUCGCCUGGAUCAAAGGAGCCAUCUGAUUGUAGAGCUCGUUGUCCUGCCGGAAUGUAUUCAGAAACAGGACUUGAGCCUUGCGCCAUCUGUCCUGUUAACUUUUACCAGCCAUCAGAAGGAGCCUCCACAUGUCUAGAGUGCGCUUCCUCUCAUACUACAGCUCGUGCUGGUUCAACAUCUCAAGAAGAAUGCAUUCCAUUGCGUUGCAGUACCCAGUCCUGCCAACAUGGUGGUCUAUGCUUGGUACAAAGGCAUCACUUGUCGUGCUAUUGUCCAGCUGGAUUCAGUGGUCAGUUUUGUGAGAUCGACGUGGAUGAGUGCGCUAGUCAACCGUGCUAUAACGGAGGAAAAUGCAAAGAUCUUCCUCAAGGGUAUACUUGUGAAUGCCCACAAGGCUACUCAGGUCUUCAGUGCCAGAUUGAAGUAUCGGACUGCAACAACGUAACCUGCCCAGCCAGAGCUAUGUGCCAGAACCUUCCUGGAAUGGGUAACUACAACUGCCUGUGUCGAUCAGGCUAUGAAGGACCUGAGUGCGAUACCACCGUCAAUCCUUGCACAGCCGAGGAAACUCCAUGCAGCAACGGAGCCACAUGCGUACCUUUGUUGCAAGGUCGGUACAAGUGCGAAUGUAUGCCUGGAUGGACAGGAAGAAUGUGCGAUGUUAACAUCGAUGAUUGUGCCGAGCAGCCUUGCCUCUUGGAAUCUAAUUGCACAGAUUUGGUGAACGACUUCAAGUGCGACUGCCCUCCGGGAUUCGCAGGAAAGAGGUGCGAACGAAAGAUCGAUCUGUGCCUCACCGAUCCUUGUGUAAAUGGUGUAUGUGUGGACAGACUCUACUCCUAUGAAUGCAUCUGUGAUCCUGGGUGGACUGGAAAAAGCUGUGAUAACAACAUCAACGAAUGUGCAGAGAAUCCGUGUGAAAAUGGUGGUCAGUGCAUCGAUUUGGUGAACGACUUCAGAUGUGUUUGUGAUGCCGGCUAUACCGGUUCCAGAUGUCAACAUGAAGUCGAUUCUUGCGAGUCAGAGCCAUGCCAGAAUGGUGCCACAUGUCUUGAUCAUCUCGACGGUUUCUCCUGUUUGUGCCGCCCAGGUUUUGUAGGUUUGCAGUGUGAAGCCGAAGUCGAUGAAUGUGUGAGUGGACCUUGUGAUGCUGCUGGAACUGAAGCCUGCGUCGAUGCUGACAAUGGAUUCAAGUGUCGAUGCAACCCAGGAUACACGGGAGAACUUUGUGAAGUUAAUAUUGAUGAAUGUGCUUCUGAUCCUUGCCUUAAUGGAGGAACCUGCACGGAUUCGAUUGAUGGGUUUAUUUGUCAAUGCCCAAGUGGAUGGACUGGUCAACGAUGUGAGUCUGACAGCGGGGGUUGUACCCGUGAACCAUGCCUUAAUAAUGCCAACUGUAUUGAUCUCUUCCAAGAUUUCUUCUGUGUAUGCCCAUCUGGAACGGACGGCAAAAAGUGCCAGACCUCACCCCAACGUUGUAUCGGCAACCCCUGUAUGCAUGAAGGCCUUUGCCUGGAUUAUGGCAGUGGUCUCAACUGCUCGUGUCCCUCGGAAUUCACAGGUAUUGGAUGCGAAUAUGAAUACGACCCUUGUGAGGACAACGUUUGCCAAAAUGGAGCCACUUGCACUCGUAUGGAGGAUACAUUCCUUUGCACGUGUCCUUCAGGAUUCACUGGAAAAUACUGCGAGCAAGAUAUACCCGACUGCACGCAAAAUUCCUGCCCCACAAUCGCCACUUGUAUCGAUCUAACCAAUGAUUUCUAUUGCAAAUGUCCUUUUAACCUUACAGGAGAGGACUGCAGAAAGACUGUUAAUAUCGAUUAUGAUCUGUACAUUAAUGACGAAAGCCGUUCUUCAAGUGUUGCUCUGGCCACACCUUUCCUUUUGAACACAAAUAGUUUAUCCAUUGCUCUGUGGAUUCAGUACAAUUCACCCAACUCCAAAGGUGUAUUCUUUACUCUUUACAGCGUAGAAUCGGCUCAUCUGCCUUUAGGCAAGCGUGUCCUCAUCCAAGCAGACGAUACAGGUGUCUUGAUAUCUUUGUUCCCUAAUUCUACCAACGACGUAUUCCUGCGAUAUUUGGAGAAUGUUCCAAUCAAUGAUGGGCAGUGGCAUUACUUGGUCAUCACGUGGAACGGAGCCGAAGGAACCCUGGCCAUUAUGAUGGACACGGCUCUAACAGGUUUCGUGGAAGAUUAUGUUUCGGGAGAAACCCUGCCUAAAUACGGCUGGGUAAACCUGGGUGCGCCUUUGAACGACGAGAACAAAGCAGUGGCCGGUGCAGGGUUCCAUGGACGUCUCAGUCGCGUCAAUGUGUGGGAUCGACCCCUCGAUGUGAACACAGAAUUGCCUGUGCAGUUCAGGGAUUGUAGAAACGCUCCCGUUCUCUUCAACGGCUUGUUGCUUAGGUGGACUGCUUACGAUAGAGUGGUUGGCAAUGUGGAAAGACAGAGCCCCGGAAUGUGUGGUGAGCGGGUUUGUCCAGUGGGGUACACGGGAGAUAAUUGCCAUAUUCUGCAUGAAGACAAGACUCCGCCUCAGCUGCUGCACUGUCCUCCUGAUAAAUGGGUAAUCAGCAACAAGAAAUCAACAGCCAUCAGCUGGGAUGAACCCCGAUUCACAGAUGAUCUGAGGUCAAUGAAGGUCAUGGAAAUGAACAACUUGGAAUCAGGUCAAUCUUUAUCUCGAGGUGUGCAUGAUUUGACGUAUGUGGCACAAGACGAAGCAGGAAAUACAGAAAAAUGCAGUUUCAGGAUAAACAUUAUGAGUGAAUUCUGCACUAUUCCCAUGCCACCUAUUGGUGGCCAGUUGGGUUGCGCAGACUGGGGUCCUGGUGGCAACUUCAAAGUAUGCACCAUCACUUGCGACGAAGGAAAGGAGUUCUCUGAGAAGAUUCCUCGCUUCUACACCUGUGGAGUGGAAGGAUUCUGGCGGCCGACCAGCAAUCCAGACGAGCCCUUCAUUUUCCCAGCUUGUGCAACCAAAAAGUCUGCUCGCCGAAUUUUCAAAAUUUCUAUGGACUUCCAGUCCUCUGUAAUAUGCUCCGAUUCCGGACGAAAAAUCCUACACGACCGCAUCAAGGAAAGUCUUCGUCGGGUGAACUCAGAUUGGAACAUGUGCUUGGAUGAUGGUCCAGACACGAAUUGCGGAGACUUGAAGGUCAAGGUCACUUGCAAUAGACAACAGACAAGAGGCAGACGACAGGCAGAAACCAGCGACGUGUAUACAGUGGAAGUGCAAUUCCCUGCCAAGAAUGAUCCUGUGGUAAACAAAAACAGCCAGGAGCGAUCCACAGUUCAAGAAGUGACAGAGAAUGCUAUACUGCAGAAAUCGGCCUUCGAUGUUCGUAAUAUCCUGCCCAAUGUCCUACCUGACCUAACAUCCCUGAAGCUAGUGACGGACUACGCAUGUCCUCUUGGAGAAGUGGUCAUUGGAUCUAACUGCGUGGAGUGUGCUAUCGGAACCUAUUACGAGAAUGCCACCAAUGAGUGCACCCUAUGUCCUGUGGGUUUCUUCCAGAAUGAAAUGGGAUCCCUGGCCUGCAAACCAUGUCCCGCCAUCGCUGGAAGACAGGGCACCACUCAGUCACGUGGAGCUCGGUCAGAUGAUGAAUGCAAAGAACACUGUACUGCUGGUAACUAUUAUGACGAACAGGUGGGAUCCUGCCAGCCUUGUGGUUAUGGGUUCUACCAGCCACAAGAUGGCGCUUUUACAUGUGUGGCAUGUGGAGCCGGCCUCACCACCAGACGAAACCAGGCUGUCUCCAAACUGGAAUGUCGAGAGGAAUGUUUGUCUGGCUACGAGUUAGAUGAAGGAGGGGAUUGUGUACCUUGUCGAAGAGGAUUCUUCAGAUCCAGGGGUAUGCCAGCUUGCCAACAGUGCCCGACAGGCAAGACGACGCCUGAUGUAGCCGCAACUAGCGAGCAAGAAUGUCUCUUAGACAUCUGCAAGCCGGGCAUGUUUGUCGAUCCUUCCACGCAACUCUGUGAAUUGUGUCCCAAAGGCACGUACCAGGACAAGGAAGAUAGGAUGGCUGAAUGCAUCAAAUGUCCUCAGGAUACGACUACCCAACGCACAGGGGCAACAUCUCUAGAGGAAUGUUCCAAUCCAUGCUUUGUGAACGGAAGAGAGAGAAUCUGCCAGGCAAAUGCUCAGUGUGUCUACAGAGAGGAAAUAGACAAUUAUGAUUGUGAAUGUCGGCCAGCAUACGUCAAGAACAAUGACACUCAAGAAUGCAUCCACGCAUGCGAGAACUUCUGCGAAAACGGUGGAACCUGCGAAGUGAGUCCGCAUACCUUCCGACCUAAAUGUAUGUGUCCAGCCAACUUCUAUGGGGACAACUGCACGGAGAAAUCUGAAUUCGUGUAUGUGGCCAGCGGUAUUGCGGGAGCUGUCAUUGUCAUUAUUCUUCUAGUCCUCCUCGUCUGGAUGAUUUGCGUCAGGUCCACUCGCAAGACAAAGAUGCAGAAGAUGCCAGAACCUCACAUGGACUUGACGGGUUCUCAGACAAAUUUCUUCUAUGGAGCUCCAGCACCUUACGCUGAAAGCAUUGCUCCUUCUCAUCACAGUACGUACGCACAUUAUUUUGAAGAUGAAGAAGAUGAAGGAUGGGAAAUGCCAAAUUUUUACAACGAAACUUACAUGCAAGAUGGAUUUCACGGUAAAACAAACACGUUAGGUCAUAGUAAUGCUAGCAUCUAUGGAACCAAAGAAGAUCUUUAUGACAGAUUACGAAGGCAUCAGUAUCAAGGAAAGAAAGGAGAUUCAGCAAGUGAAAGCGAAGACCCUCCGCAUUAAGGAAAUACCCCACUUAUAGAGAAAGGAAUAUGAGCACCGAAACUAUGUGACGGAACAAUUCAUUGAUAAAGAGACUAUGGUAGGGCUUUGUGCAAGAAGAUUCCAAAAAUGGUUUUUGAAAAGGAUUAAUCAGCUGCAUAAGAAAGUUUAAAGUUGUGCAGAUAUUCCUCUUUUUCAAUAAAUGUGUUGUUUUAAAGAACUCUAUUUCGAUUGCGAACAAAACAUUCACGCCAAGGGGUACAAACUUUCAGUGCUUGUGUUCGACAUUGUGUUGAAAUGCCAACUCCAGCAGUUUUAUGUGUAUCUAAAACCUCUAACUGAACAAGAAACUUUUUUAGAAACAGAUAUCUGUUGUGAACUUUUCAAUAAAUCGACUUUUUUAGAAGAAUAAUCUAUAGCAAUAUAUGUGACGUCCAUGUUUAUGUUCAUCUUCCAUAUUGGUGAACUUUUAACUAGCCUUUGUUUAUCUUUUGUUUAUGAUAUUGAAAAAAAAUAAUUAAUCUGAUUUACCUUCGUGUCUGUGUACAUAACUAUUCAAAUCUCUAUAGGUAAAAUGCUUGUAAUAUUUCUUUAUUGCAGGACAAACUCAGCUUAGGAAUUUAUUUUUGAAAAUAUUCCUAGUCAUUUUCAUUCUUAGAGUGAGAUGCAUACUUUUAUUAUGAGCUAUAAAUUUUUAAAAAUUAUUGAAUAUUAUUCUUAAGAACGUGGCACGAGUACUAAACUUGAACAUUUUUAACAAUGACGCCCUAUUUCGCAUCAGAUUUAAAAUGAUGAAGUCCUAAUUAUUGGCGUAUAUCUUAUGGAGUAGCAGAAUAAUUACCAAAUUGGCGACGGAUCGUGCAGCGUUCUUAAGCCUAACCCAAAUAAAGAUGGGAGAUUAUUCCAUUCUUUACUGUGGAUGUUUUAAGUGUAGAUUAAUUUAACUUAAACAAAUAAACAAAAACUGACUAUUUGAGCUUAAUUUAUGGUUGAAAUCUACUUUAUUAUGAGUUAUAAAUAUAAUCUAUCAUAUUGCCAAGCUAAAUGUAUCCUAUCAUAUCGCCAAGGAUGCCAAAAAUCAAGAUGGCUGAGAAAGUAAACAAUAAUGUGAAUAGGGUUGCUAGAAGAACUACACAACUUGCUUGUCUGGGUUACUAUUAUCGGCGAUAAACUCAAGCGGGAUAUUAAAGUAGAUUUCAAUCAAUUGAUAUCCAUAUAAUAAAUAUGAUGUAAUAAUAAGCAGAUCAAAUGCAUGAAAUUUGUCUAAUUUGAGAGCCUCUUUUAUUACUUCGAAGGUAUCUCAUAGCAAUUAAAAAAUCAUUCUCCGGUUUCAAAAAAGCAAUUUUAUGCUCAAUUCAGGUCAUUUUUCGCUGACACAUUUUGGUUAUUUGAUAUAUAACUUCUGGGAUCGGCUUUGGUUACGUUUUCAUAAUUUCAUUUCUACAGAAAUAUUAAAAUCCUGAAGCGGAAAUGAAAUUUGAUUGUUGUUUCAUUCAUAUGUAGUGUUUGCUAAAGUGUUAUUUUUAUGAUCCUUUUAUGCUGAAAAAAAAUUAACAUUCCAGUGCGUAUUUAUUUUGCAUCAUUUUCGUUGUCUUAAAUGAUGUUUGUCAUUUCGCGUAUAUGAGAAAAUAUUCACUAAUAAUCUUGUACAACGUUAUAUUUAUGUAGAUGAUUGAAUGUUGUA